UUGUGACGUCAGCAGUGUGCGACGGCACCCGGGGCUCCGUGUCGGAGGAGCAGCAGCAGCAGCGGGCAGAGAUGGAUCCGUCGACGGAGCGGAGCCGCGGCGGGGUCCGGUGCUGCCUGUGGCGGCUCACGGUGCUCCUGCUCUCCGUGUCCUCGCUGCCCGCGGCCACGGCGCUGCUGGAGGGGCUCUACUGCGGGACGGAGGUCUGCUACGACGUGCUGGGAGUCUCCCGGGAGGCCUCCAAGGCGGAGAUCGCCCGGGCUUACCGACAGCUGGCCCGCCGGUACCACCCGGACCGGUACCGAGCCGAGAAGCCCGGAGACGAGGAGGCCGCUCACCAGAAGUUCCUGCUGAUUGCUACAGCUUAUGAGACGCUGAAGGACGAGGACUCGCGGCGCGACUACGACUACAUGCUGGACCACCCGGAGGAGUACUACCAGCACUACUACGCCUACUACCGCCGCCGGCUCGCCCCCAAAGUGGACGUCAGGAUCGUCAUCCUCGUCACCAUCUGUGCCAUCUCAGCCGUCCAGUACGUCAGCUGGUGCAGCAGCUACAACAAAGCCAUCAGCUACCUGGUGACCGUCCCCAAGUACCGCAUCCAGGCCACGGAGAUCGCCAAGCAGCAGGGCCUGCUCAACCGCACCAAGGAGAAGGGCAAGAACCGGCGCUCCAAGGAGGAGAUCCGGGAGCAGGAGGAGGAGGUGAUCCGCGACAUCAUCAAGAACAAGAUCGACAUCAAGGGCGGCUACCAGAAGCCGAGGCUGUGGGACAUCCUGCUGUGUCAGCUGGUGCUGUUCCCGUACUACCUGAGCCGCUACGUGGCCUGGUACGUCUGCUGGGUGUACCGCUUCUCCAUCUGCAGGGAGGAGUACGGAGAGGAGGAGAAGCUCUACCUCAUCAGGAGCAACAUGAGGAUGUCCCAGGCUCAGUUCGACAGUCUGGAGGAAAGCGCCAAGCAGACGUUCCUGGAGAAGCAGCUCUGGAUCAGAGACAAGUUUGAGGUUUACAAGAAAGAGCGGGAGGAGGAGAUGAAGGCGAAGCUGGCGACCGACCCAAAGAUGAAAAGGUACCGACGCUGGAUGAAGAACGAGGGACCGGGUCGGCUGACCUUCAUAGACGACUGACGGCAGCGCGACCCGUCCAGAACAAACACAUCUGCCUCAGUGCCGGCCCGCAUGGACAACGCACGCUGUGCUGUGUGGACAAACCAAGGCUGGUUGUUUUCAGUAAUUAGAGAUAUUUUCAUAAAGACCGGGCCUCCACAAAACAAACAAAUCAAGUCGAUAUUUAAGAUUCAAUGAAGUUUGUGAUAAUUCUGUUAUAUAGUUCUGCUGGUUAAAGCAGCUCCACUUUUUAUGUCUGAAAUAUAAGUGUCCUUUAAAGAAAAGCAGCAACAAACAAGCUUAUGCUGCUGAUGGUUGGAAGUGAUGGUAAUUGUUUUAAUUUUAGGUCAAAUCAUUGAAGAAAAUAUUGUUUUCUUGUUUACCUGCAACAUCUAAAGACGAAACACUCGACAACUAAGCUCAUCCUUUCUUGUAAUACCACAGCGUACCCCAAGGGGCGACGGUGAGCCGCUGUGGUGUGUUGUGACGCUUUACUGAAUUACGUGCGUUGAGUUCAGACGCGCCCAGAUAUUUACCUCACAGUUUGACAACCUGCUGGAAAUUUAGCCGCUAGUGAAGUCCCUCUGAAUACGAAGCUAUGCAAUGUGCGGGUUAAUGUGUUACGAUGGCCGCAGACCUUUUUCACCGCAGAUAUUCUGACUUCCCACUGAAUGAAAGGUACAAGGCUGGCUCCUUUCUAAGAAGGGGUUAAUGAUCGGGGACCGGGCCGGUGUUCUCAAAGCUCCGGUACCAGCGCCAAAACAAUACAAGUUCUAUGCAGUUCAUGAAAUUAGAUUCCCGAAAAUAUCCUGGUUUUAAUAUAGCAAAGGUAUUCUUUAAUCAUGGAAAAUGUUUUUGACUUCGGUGAACAGCCAAGUUUUUUUUUCUCUCAAAAAUGUGAAAUUAAUUUAAAGAUAUCUGAGUUUUUUUGUGGAAAUUAACUCCUUUGUGGCCAAUAGUUUUAUUUUUUUUACUCUAUGAUGUCCCCAAUAAAAAUUUUUCCUGGAAAUUAUGAGAAUGAAGUCAAAAUAUUGCAAGAAUAAAGUCACACAAUUGUU